AAGGCCGGUUUCUAGUUUCCUAGAAACAGGGAUUCUACCCCACGGUCCAGUCCUCUUCGUCUCCCCCACCCCCCUUCGGGGCUCCGGGGCGUGUUUUUCAAUCCAUGUUAAUAGGGCUGCACUGCGGGCGGGGCGGGCUUUCCCUGACAGCCCGGAGAAAGCCCCUAGGAACCGGACGGGCCCAGCCUCCCCGCUGGUGACGGGGUCCCGGUGCUGGUCCAUGCUGGUCCCCGCCUUUGUUCUCGGGCGGGAGCCGAGACAUGCGCGGCUGACGAUGGAAGUGGAGGACUCCGGCGGCGUGGUGCUGACCGCCUACCACUCGUACGCUCGCUCCCAGCCGCCCAGUUCCGAACCGCGCUGCGCUCCCGGGGCCGCCAGCAGCCACACGGGCAGCAGAAAAUCCAUCCCUCGCUGCCAAAGAAUUAACAGGAUGCUCUCCAAUGAAUCCCUACAUUCUCCUGCAUUCAGCCGCUCCAACUCACAAGCCUCCGUAGACAGCGCCUCCAUGGAGGAUUUCUGCCGGGAAAUAGAAAGCAUUAAAGAGAACAGCAUGGGAGGGCAGGACGAGCAGACACCAGCCGAGCUCAAGCCUGUGGAUGAGGGGGAACUUGAAGCAGAGUGGUUGCAAGAUGUGGGUUUAUCAACCCUCAUCUCAGGUGAUGAAGAAGAGGAUGGCAAAGCCUUGCUCUCCACAUUGACUCGAACCCAAGCAGCUGCAGUGAAAAAGAGAUACAAUACUUAUACCCAAACCAUGAGGAAAAAGAACAAGCAGUCCAUCAGGGAUGUCAGAGACAUCUUUGGCGUCAGCGCCUCUCCUCCAGAUGAUUUUUCCUGUAUCCCAACUCCUCUUUUGGAUGCAACCCUGGAUGAAGAAGGGCUGUCAGCAGUUCCCUCCAGAAAUGGCCUACUGCCAGGUGAUGCCUGUGACAAUCAUACUACGCAGGAGGAAAAAGAGCUGCCGGUAGUUAUCAAAACCAGUGGUUCCUCGCCAGACGAUGCUUCUCUCAACAGUAGUACUUUCUCAGAUGGGUGCCAGGAUGAAGGAGGGAAGUUUGCACUUUCCAGCAGUGGCUCCGUGCCUAUCCUUGAGACUAUUCCAGAUAUACCAGUUCAUUCCAAUGGAUCGGCAGACCCUGGACAGGCAGUUCAGAGUGCAGUGAGUGAUGAUGAUUAUCUGGAAAAGAACAUUCCAUCAAAAGCCGAAGAGCUGUCCUUUGAAGUAUCUUACUCGGAAAUGGUUACAGAGGCUCCAAAAAGAAAUAAGUUUAAGAAGUCAGAUUUUAAAAAAGAAGACUAUAUUUUAACUAAAUUUAUUGUUCAGAAAACCAGAUUUGGCCUAACUGAAGCAGGAGAUCUAUCUGCCGAAGACAUGAAGAAAAUUCGCCACCUCUCUCUGAUUGAAUUGACAGCCUUUUUUGAUGCCUUUGGAAUUCCACUGAAGAGAAACAAAACAGAGAAAGUAAAAGGAAGAGACAAUGGGAUUUUUGGAGUUCCACUUACAGUCCUACUGGACAAUGACCGAAAGAAGGACCCUGGAGUAAAAGUUCCCCUUGUAUUACAAAAAUUUUUUGAGAAAGUUGAGGAAUCCGGUUUGGAAUCUGAAGGAAUUUUUCGACUUUCAGGAUGUACUGCCAAAGUCAAGCAAUACCGUGAAGAACUGGAUGCCAAGUUUAAUGCUGACAAAUUUAAAUGGGACAAAAUGUGCCACAGAGAAGCUGCAGUGAUGUUGAAAGCCUUUUUCAGAGAAUUACCCACUUCUCUCUUCCCUGUGGAAUACAUACCUGCCUUCAUCACGCUAAUGGAAAGAGGGCCUCACAUCAAAGUACAGUUUCAAGCCUUACAUCUCAUGGUCAUGGCACUGCCUGAUGCCAACAGGGACACAGCCCAGGCCCUCAUGACAUUCUUUAAUAAAGUGAUUGCCAAUGAAUCAAAAAACCGAAUGAGUAUAUGGAACAUUUCAACUGUAAUGGCACCAAACCUUUUCUUCAGUAGAAGCAAACAUUCUGAUUAUGAAGAAUUGCGGUUAGCAAACACUGCAGCCCACAUCAUCCGCUUAAUGCUUACCUACCAGAAAAUGCUAUGGAAGGUCCCAUCUUUCUUAAUCACUCAAGUCAGAAGAAUGAAUGAAGCCACGAUGUUAUUAAAGAAGCAACUCCCAAGUGUCAAAAAGUUGCUGAGGAGGAAAACCAUAGAACGAGAGGUUAUAAGCCCUAAGACUUCAAAGGUACUACAGAAAUCACCCUCUUUAAGAAGAAUGUCUGACGUGCCGGAAGGAGUCAUUCGAGUCCACGCUCCACUGCUCUCAAAGGUGUCCAUGGCCAUUCAGCUCAAUAGCCAAACUACAGCCAAAGACAUACUGGCAAAAUUUCAGUAUGAGAACAGUCAUGGUUCUUCAGAAUGCAUUAAAAUUCAAAACCAAAGGUUAUAUGAAAUUGGAGGAAAUAUAGGACAGCAUUGCUUGGACCCAGAUGCUUACAUUUUGGAUGUAUAUCAUGUCAAUCCUCAAGCAGAAUGGGUGAUCAAACCCCAACCAAGUUUUUGAAGUACAUUCAAGAUGGCAGCUGGUAUGAAUUAUAUGCCAAGAAAAUUCUAAAUUAAGUAGGAUUAAAAAAGACUGCUUUUGACAUGUUUGUUCCUGUAACCCUCUUGGUGUUCCUUGGCCUAAGUGGCAUCUCCCGGCAUUGUCAGUGUGAACCAUGGAAGGGGAUACGGCUAACCAUUGGAGCUAAAGCUUUCUCAUGAUGGCUCCUUGAUAAGAGUGAAGAAGAGAAGUUGUGGUCCUUCCUGAAGAAAGACCAAUCUAGAACAAGAACCGAAUCAUUUCUAGUACUUUGACUUCACAGCAGAAAUGAACUUGAUUCUAUGCCUAGAGAUAAGAAACACUUCUAUACGUAGUAAAUGCUACUACGAAACACAAAGAGGUAGAAAAAGACUUUUUUAUACUUACGUUAUAUACAUAUAUUGACCUUUUUGAGCAAGAAUGCCAGAAAUAUCAGUAACUGCCACUCUGAAAAAUUAUUCAAAUCUACUUUCCAAAGGGAAUCAGUUUCUAAAGUUACACAUACAAUAUUUAUGCUCUGACUUACUCCUGAAUUGGAGAAGAAAGAACUUUUUGUUUAAAAACACUGUAUUGUUACGUAUGUUGUACUGUAUCGUGACAAUGAGCAUUCUGGUGCAAACAAACAUUUCUUUUUGAUAGACUGUUGAAAAUUGAUAUUUUAAAGGUUGUUCCCUUGUGAAUAUGGGGACCCUAGGCAAGCUUAGUUCGACAAAGGGUAUUCUUUUGUUUUCAUAACCUGUGUAGCCAGAAGUCACAGAGCAUCUAUUAUUUUCAUCAUGAUUAUGGUGCUCAGUGAAGAACUUUCCAUGUGCCAGGCACUGAUUUCUUUUUCUGAUUGAACAUAUCAUUUUUUAUAUUUUACAACUGUAGAUAGUCACUUCUGCAGCUCUAUUUUAAAAACACAGACUGCCUUUAUCCAAGAGUGCUGAAAAAUACUGUUAUAUUUCAGAUUUCAUAUUCUGUAAAAGCAGGUUCUGUUUCUGUUUGUCAGUAAUAGUCAUGGCCAAGCACUGUGGAUUAGCAUCAAGUGUUAAAGUCAGGUGCAUAUUUUGUGAGCAGAAACUGUCUCACUAUCAAUAUCCUGUGGAACUCUUUUCUAGACCUGCAAGAACACACAAUCCCCUGUGAUUCCAACAGAGCAAAUCUAAAAUGUGCUGAGGGGGUCAGACAGCUCUGCCUCUUAUCUUGAGAAUGCAGAGAUAGUCAUUAGGGUUAGCUAGAAAUGCAGCAGCAGUCUCAUCUGUCCCACAGGCUUUGGAUUAGAAUCCACAGAUUGGUAUUUUGAUGACUUUAUAUCAGUUUUAAUGAGAUUUAACACGCAAGUGACUCUUGCAGUUCAAAGGAGAGACAAAGUUGCUCACAGUUGCAGAAAACAUUAAAUAUUACCAAGUCUUAAAAUGUUAUAAUAAUUUAAGCCCAUAUAUAGAAGAACAAUUUUAUAUACUGCAUUUUGCCUUGACGUCUAUAAAAACAUUACUUAUAUUCAACUUGUAGGUAAUUCUGUUUAUGGUCAUUAGGGUUUUGUUAUAUUUUUAUAGAAAACUCAAAUAUCUAUUCAUUUUAUUUAUUUGAGAAUUUUCAUUUCCUUUUCCUGAAAACACACUAGAAAAUAAACAUGUUCUGUUACAUUCAGAUUUACAUUUUAUUACUUAUCAAUAUAUGGGUAAUUGAUGGCAUGUGAGUUUACAUAAUAAACUUCAAGAGUCUGAAAAAAUGCUUGUAUCAUCUGUGCAAUUCAAACAACAAGAGUAAACAUUUCACUUUAUGGACAUAAGAUGGCAGUAAUAUAUGCCUACACACACAGAAGAAAUUCUUCAAAUUAGCUACCUUACACUUCUAUGAAUAUAUGAAAACGAUUGAUUUAUCUCAUUGUAUUUCUUACCAUUUUGAAUAAAUUCUGUUGUGUUUAUAUAGAAAAUUCAUUAAUCUAUUCAUUUUUUCCUUAGGAAUUUUCAUUUAUUUUGACUGAGAACAUAUUAGAAUCUAUAUGAGUUCUAAAGAUUUCAAGAUUUACUUCACUUGUCAUUGGUUCUAAAUAAAUGGCUAACCGAUGACAGAUAAAAGCAGUAAGUUUCUGAAUUUCUUAACUGCUUCUGUGUGCUUUCAGAUAUCAAUGACUUAGCUGAGCCAAUGACUUUAAAUUACUCACUUUAACAUAGUCAAGGAAGUGUGACAACUUUCAAAUAAAUAUAUAAUAUGGAAGGCCUUGUCCAUGCCAAUGCCAUUAUCCCAUGAUAGCCAUUAUUCUUAGUCUUAGGGUUAACUAACUGAUUCAGGGAGAAUUGCCAGCAGAUACACAGACUAAUUUUUAUGUGGGUAAACAGGUUCUUUUUACUUAAAGAAUAAACAAAUCCCUAAAUUUAACAUUCAAAAAUGCCUGCCACCUAAGUAUUAAAAACUACCUGCCUUAUCAAGAGUUGUUUUAAAAUAGUUAUAGGAAUCUGUAAAAUUGCAUAGUAUAUUUGCAAGUAAAAACAGAGUCAGAUACUGGGCUUCUAAAUUCUAUUGUUAAUAGCUUCCCACCCCACCUCAUCCCAAGUGCCCUUGGUAUAUAGUUAGGAAAGUAAUAUCCAGGAGAGUACUAAAGAAAACUAACCUGUUAGGAACACCUAUUCAUAAAAAAAAGAAGAAACCCUAGAAGUGGCUCAUUUUUUCCUCUAUUCUGCAAAAAGGAAUCCCUUUGUUAAGCAGCUCAUUUGGGGAUACAAUUCUUGGAGUGAAUGAUCUUCAAACAAACUGGAAUAUUGAUCUCUUUAUAAUGUACACACAAUAUAACUACCUCACUUGCCUUUCUUGGGAAAAAGAGUUGAUGGACUUUAAUAAUUUGUGUUACAAACUGUCCCUAAGUCUUACUAGUUUUCACUUCGGUUAGCUUUCAGUGUACAUUUAAUAACAUACAUUUGAUAAUGAAAAGUGUUUUUAGCAAAAGCUUUAAAGCCAAAAACACUCUGGAAUGUGACCUGUGGUGUACGUGGAGACAUUGUGUCCUGUAGUCGUCGUCCCAGGUGUUGACCGCACUGACACGUGGGUCUUCAGUGCAGGAGUUCACAUUCCUCUCUCCUUGCAGGCAUUUUCCGACUGCUUGUCCUCUAUUGCCCUUGACUGAAAGGUAGUAUGAGAUAAACAUGACCCUUCUUUCUAUCGAGCAUAUUUUAACUGUUGUUCACGAAUGUAUUACAUGCCUGAAAAGAAUGUAUGUUAUGGGAUUGAAUAGUUCCUAGUUUCUGACUGGCAUUUUCAACACUUUUCCAUAAAUAUGUCACUUAAUAAAAAUUAUGUGACAUGGAUUAGAAUGUUUCAAGCACUCUCAAUAGUUUUAUACAUGUCCCUUAAUUUGAAAAUUGCAUGCUUUCUUUCAGGCAUUUUCCAACUAUUUUCUAAAACUAUGUGACUUGACUGAAAAAAUCAUAAUGUCAUGAGAGGAAUGUCAAUGUUUUAUGUUGUCUCUCAUCUUAAAACUUAGUAAUGAUUGUUUUUAACUUUAUUUUAUUGUUGCCACUAUUACAGACAUCCCUAUUUCCCCCCUACCUUUGCCCACCUCCACACAGCCCCUGCCCCUCCUUCCCUCUGACCAUCGCCACACUGUUGUCUGUGUGUCAUGCAUAUAUGUUCUCCGGCCAAUCCUAUCAUCUUUCAUUGUGAACUAUAAUAUGGAUGUUGCAUUUUAUUCAUAACAAUAAAGAUAA